AUGCCCCAACCCAAACUCAAAACUACAAUCGCCAUCCUCGGCUGCGGCGACGUAGGCUCCACCCUCGCCUACACCCUCAUCCUCCAACCCAUCUGCUCCGAAGUCCUCCUCGUAGACCUCAAGCACUCCCUCCUCGAAGCCCAAGUCCGCGACCUCUCCGACGCCACCUACCGCGGCGGCAGCGGUGUCCGCGUGCGCGCCGCCACGCACGCCGAAGCCGGGCAAGCAGACAUUGUCGUCAUUACCGCUGGCGCCAAGCAGAAGCCUGGUGAAUCGCGCCUCUCACUCCUCAGCCGCAACCUGCACAUCUUAGAAAGCAUAUUCGGUGCCAUGGCGCCGAUGAAUCCGCAUACGAUUCUGCUGCUUGUGGCGAAUCCCGUGGAUAUACUGACGUAUUUUGCGAGGAAGAUGAGUGGGUUGCCCGAGAGCCAGGUGUUGGGGACGGGGACGAGCCUGGAUUCUGCGAGGUUGAGGGGGGUAUUGGCGGAGAAGGCGGAGGUCGCGCCGAAUAGUAUUGAUGCGUAUGUUUUGGGGGAGCAUGGGGAUAGUCAAUUUAUCGCCUGGUCCUCCGCCACAAUCGGCACAACACCACUCUCCCUCGCCCUCCCCCCUUCAACCCUAACUGAGGACUUCAAAGCCAGCAUUUCAGCCCACACACGCGGUGCAGCGGGUGCCAUCAUCGCCGCCAAAGGCUGCACCGCAUUCGGCAUCGGCAACAUCGCCGCUAGCAUAUGCAAGUAUAUUUUAUUCGACUCACGUUCCGUGCGCCCACUUUCCUUCUACCAGCCGGAAUUAGGCUGCUGUCUAAGUAUGCCGGCAGUGAUAGGUAGAAAGGGGAUUGUACGGGCGAUGCCGAUUCAGCUGGAUGCAUCGGAGCAAGCGCAAUUGGAGGCGUGUGCAAAGGGGUUGAGAGGUGUAAUUGAAGGGGCAGAGAAGGAAGUGAGUGCGGAUCGGGCGUUGGAGAAGGCGUUGGAGCAGGAUAACGGGGCUUGA